AGUGAGGUGGAAGAAGAUUGCAACACAGCAGAGAGUUGACGGGGGGGGAGGAAUGAAGCAGAAACACAGCAGCGGAAACUCUCCUGUCACUCAGUUCAGCGGAAGUGGAGCUCGAGUAAAGUCGGUGCGCAACAGGUGUUUUGAGUGACUCCUCUUUGUAAGCUCAGAAGUUUUAGUAUAGUAAAACAAAAGUUUUAAUUUGGUAGAAAAGUACCAACAUGUCAAAGCUCCGCCCCAGACAGUGUGUGCUGGAGAAAGGGUCCAGUGGCUACGGGUUCCACCUGCACGGAGAGAAGGGCAAGACCGGACAGUUUAUCCGGCUCGUGGAGCCAGACACUCCCGCCUCCGCAGCCGGGCUUCUCGCGGGCGACCUUCUGGCCUUCGUGAACGGAGAGAGCGUGGAGGGCGAGAGCCACCAGCAGGUUGUCGCGAGGAUCCGGGCCACCGCCGAGGCUCUGGAGCUUAUCGUGGUGGACUCCGAAACGGCCGAGCUGUUGAAGAAACAAAACCUCCAGUGCCGGAAAGAGUUCGUCACCGAGGGGAUUCCCCUGUCUGGCGGGGACAGCGACUCUGAGCACGGGGACACACAGAGCAACGGCACCCCGAGGGAAUGCACCCCUGCCCCGCCGGAGAAUGGGGAUGCUGCCUCGGAGAGGUCGGAGAGGCUGAGUGUCAGCUCCAGCACUAAGGAGAGGGGGGGUCUGCGGCCUCGUCUCUGCCACAUCCAGAAAGGCAGCAGCGGUUACGGCUUCAACCUGCACAGUGAGAAGUCCAGGCCGGGGCAGUUCAUCAGGGCCGUUGACGACGGUUCUCCUGCACAGCGGGCCGGACUCAAACCACAGGACAAGAUCCUCCAGGUGAACGGCGUGUCAGUGAAGGACAUGCAGCACUCGGAGGUGGUUGCAGCGAUCAAAGCAGGAGGCGAGGAGACGUCCCUGCUGGUGGUGGACGCAGAGACUGAAGAGUUCUUCAAGAUGUGUGACGUGCUGCCCACUGAGGAGCACCUCAGCGGGGCUCUGCCUGAGCCAAAAAGAGCAGCAGAGGAGGAGGAGGAGCAGGUGGCAGCAGAGGUGAAGCCCAAAGUCUCCGUGAGCUCUUCAGCCUCCAGCGCGUCCUCCAACGCCUCCCUGCAGGGGCCGGGAAGCAGCGAGCCCCCUCCCCAGGUGGAGCCCCCCGCCCCGGCUGACAGUCUGGGUCUCAGCUUGUCUCUGGCUCAGGUUAAAGAGAGAGCUCGUCAGAAACGAUCGGCCAAAAAAGCUCCGACCAUGGACUGGAGCAAGAGGAACGAGCUGUUCGGCAACUUAUAAACCACCACCACCCCCCCUCCCCCCCAUUUUCCAUCUUCACCCUCUACCCUUACCCUGCUCCCCCUCAACCUCACCCCCCCCUCACAGGAACGGUCCUGUCUGCCAUGUGGAUUUGGUUUUCACUUUUGAGACACACCAGAUUCCUGUGGACUCAUGAAAACAGUAUUAUUUGAUGACUUUUUUUUUUUUUUAAUUGAGCUUUUCCACUUUGUUUUAAUAAUGUUCACACACAGGAAAGAAUGAUAAUACUUUAAGAAAAAUGUUUUAAAGAGACAAAUAAUGUAGUUUGCACUUGAAAAGGACAACAAAAGGAUUAAUAGGACAUAGGGGAAAGACUGUUGAAUUUUAAAUGUCAGAUUUUGAUGAAUGCAAUCAGCAACUAGAAUGAAAGAAUAUCUCUGCCUCAUAUGAAUAACUCCUUACUGCCAACAUGAUGUAUGUGAGGGACUGCGUCUGAAAUCCUGUAUUAUUCAAGGUAAUCACAUUUUAUUUUUCAUUUGGCUCUUGAUAGAUGAUUGUACAUACAUAAAUAAACAUUUUAUUUGACUGA